AUGGUUCUUGACUACAGCAAGUGGGACCAGCUGGAGCUGUCCGAUGACUCUGAUAUUGAAGUUCAUCCUAAUGUUGACAAGAAGUCUUUUAUCCGCGCCAAGCAAGCUCAAAUUCACCAGCAACGAGAGCAGCGCCGCCAUGAUAUCAAGACCCUGAAGUAUGAGCGCAUCAUCAACGAUGGUCUGCUUACUCGCAUCGACAAGCUUCUCGAGUCUCUCAAGAAGCAUGAGGACUCCUCCGCAUCUCCCGAGCAAUUCAUCUUCCAAACCAUCAUGGAGUUUGCAAGUGACCCCGCGGAAGACCAAGCUCCUACACCCCCGGAGGGCAUCUACCAGAACGAGCCAGAACAACCGAAAUACUCGCAAAUGAUGAGCUCGCUCGUGGACCAGGUCAAGAAGGAUCUUGAGGAGUCGAAGCCUGACAACCUUUUCAAGGCAUACAUUCAAGGCGUGCAGGGACACAAGGACAAGGUCCAGGGGCUGCAGACACAGCUGUUCGAGAAACUUGCCCAGCUUGAGAAGGAGGAGGGUAGCAAAAUCACCAGUGACAAGCUGCAUGAGGGCUUCAACCAAUCUCACAUUGCCAAGGCCAAGGCCGCUGAGCAGGCUAAGGCUACGUCGUCCAAAUCAACGGAGGUUGAAUUGUUGAACCCCGGUGCGGGCAGCUCCGCUAGUAAUGUCGAGAAUGGCAAUGAUGAUGAUGACCCCGCAAAUGUGGAAAUCAGCCCACUGGCAAAGAAGUUUGCACAUUUGAGACCCAACGACUACAGCGCCUAUCUGCAGUUUAUCUCCGAGCACCCGGAAAUUGUUGCCGAAAAAGAAACAGACGGGCUCUUGGUUGAAGCCUUCAACAGCCAAAUCAAGGGCCAGGAAGAAUACGCUCGUCAAUGCGUUCACCAAGGCCUGCUCUUGCAAUAUUGCCGUUCGCUUGGCCCUGACGGCAUCAAGCUCUUCUUCACCCGCAUCACAAACAAGGAGCACCGCGCAUACACAUUGUUCAACAAUGAUGUGCGAGACACCUACAACCGCAUCAAGACCCGCUCGGCAGAGCUCAGCAAAGAGACUGGCAACGACCCUGCCGGCGUCGAGCAAAUCCAGCUACACGCUGUGGACCCCAACACCAAGAUCACCAUUAACAUCCCUGCGGCAGGAAGCCAAGACCCCGUUGAAAUCGAGGCUCGCAAGAUUUUCGAGGCCUUCUCUCCGGAGCUGCAAAAGGCCCUUGCGACCGAGUCUCUGGACGAAGUGAACAAGGUGCUGGGCAACAUGUCUGUCGAGGAUGCAGAGGUUGUCGUUGAGCAGCUAGGUGAGAGCGGUAUGCUCAGUCUGGAAGAGGGCAUUAUCGACGGUACUACGGAAGAGGGUCGCAAGAAGCUCGCUGAGAUUGAGGCAGAGAAUAAGCUUGAGGAGGUCCAGGAGGUUGGAGAGCCCGGUGGUGACGUUACUGAAUUGGAUUGA